AUGACAACAUCUUUGAUAUCCAAUUUCAAAUCAAAUAGUUCCAAUAUAAUAACAACAACAUCAAUUGGUGGUGAUGAUCGUUUCAAUAAUGAACAAGAAGGUUCAGUGAGAACGAACAACAAUUCUCAUCACUAUAAACCUAAUUCUCCCAUCCGAAUUUCCGUCCCUCAUAAAGAUGAAGAUGAUAAUAACAACACUUUUAAUGCAGCAACAACACCAACUAUGGAAGCAAUAGAUGAUGAAUUUCUCUCAUCAUCCUCUUCCCCACAAACAACGAGUACAUCUUCACCUUCCUUAACUCCUCCUUCACUUCUUCAAGACAAAUUUGACACUGUGGCCACUCAACAACAAUUAAAGAAGGAUAGAAGAUCAGGCACCAUCAAUAGCAUAAGAAAUAAUAUGAAUUUCUCAUCACCAAUGAGUGCCUCAAUAAUGAAAAGUAAGAAUUUCCGAAAAUUAGACCAUCAAACAAGUAAUGGCAAUAUUGUGGUGAAGAGAAUGCCAAACCAGGAAGAGAUGGCCCCCGAAUCGCCAUCCUCUUCUAUUAAGGCCAAAUACUCUUCAAAUAGUCCAACUAAUAAUUCUUCAUCUACCACCACCAAUAACAAUUCAGUUCCUCCAUCUCCUUCAUCUUCCACAGCAGGGAGUGCUAAUUCAUCAGCAGCGAUCAAAGACGAAGUAGAUUUACAACAAGUGAAACAACAACAAAGUUGCCACUCAACAGUCGGGUCCUAUCUGGCCAUCAUGCCAAUUAUAUUUGGAGCAAUAGCAUCAUGGGAUAUAGGACCGUUAUUCUUCGUUAUAGUACUAGUUGUGGAACAUUUUAUACAUAUGGGCGUGAACAUUAUAUUAGAUAAGGUUACAACCUUACAUGCCUUUUCCAUGAUUAACUUAUCGAGAAUAUCUCUUGCUGAUUUUGUACAAAUUGCAAUGCAAAUCAAGUAUGGACCAUUAAGUCCUAUGCAUAUCAUUACAACAUUUAAGAUUUUUGUAGUGUCCAUGUCGUUUUAUUACAAGUCUAGUUAUAUAUUAUUUGGAUGUGGGCAAUUGAUUGCUUUCACCACCAUUUCCUUACUUACUUCUUUUUACAUGUGGUACGAUUUACUGAGUGAGAAGGAAAGAGCAGACUUUUAUGUUAAAGUGUUGGAAGUGUUUGUAAUUCAGAAUACAGUAUUAAUCGGAUCUUUCUUCUUCUCCAAACACUUGACAGAGAAAAAUAAUCAGUACACUAGUCAUCAAGUAGAAAUUGCAAAGGAAAGAGUUUCAAAUUAUGAAAAGACGAGAUUUAUUGCAUCACUAUCUCAUGAAUUGAGAAAUCCACUUCAUGCCAUUAUUGGUUCCGUAGAAUUAAUUAAGAAUAUUUAUAAGAGUGAAGAUUGUUCAGAGAGUUGUAAACAUUGCAUGGUUUCAAACGCUUCCUUCUCAGAAAUGAUUAAUGAUGUUCAUGAAAAUGCGGCACUCUUAUUACACAUCCUAUCCUCUUCUCUUCAAAUGAGUUCAAUGGAAAUUGGAAAUAUCAAACUGAAGGUGGAACAAUUUAAUGUCAUGUGUUUGAUAGAAUCCAUAACUUGUGUAUUUUCUCCAUUAGCAAUUGAAAAGAAGAAUACUUUACAUUCAUUCUUUGAUGUUUCCAAAGUACCAAUGUUUUUAAUGGGAGAUUCUGUGAGGAUCAGUCAAAUUGUAAUGAAUUUGGUUUCAAAUUCGAUCAAGUAUACUAAGGGAGGUCAAGUCCUGCUCAAAUGUAAAAAGGCAAAGGAUGAGGAAUUGAAACUACACUUCCAAGAAGAGGAAAUUAAGAAGAAUUGCUUCUAUCUCAAGAUUGAAUGUCAAGAUAAUGGAUGUGGUAUCUCAGAGUCUCAAAUUGGAAGUUUAUUCAAACCAUUCCACAUUAUAGAAAAACAAGAAAAGACCCAAGGAUUCGAGCACUACUUUAAACAAUCAGAAUUUACAAAAUUGAACAAUGGAGGAAGUAGUCUCAUCAAUACCAAUAGAAAUGGACUUGGAUUGAAUAUUACUAAGCAAAUUAUUGAGAAAAUGGAAGGAAAGAUUAUUGUCAACUCAAGAGUAGGAGAAGGAACAACAAUGAACGUCUAUAUCCCUCUCGAAGAAAUGGACAAACAAGAGCAAGUUACAGAUUCUGAAGGCUCUUCUUCCUCAACUCACAUUAAUUUGAAUCCAGAAAAUUUAUUGGACGUUCUAAGUGAAGAUCAAUCACAAGAUUUGAGUAUUAUCAUUAUUGAUGAGGAUCCAGUUUUUAGACAAGUACUGUCUUCCUAUUUGAACUUGUUCAAACGAGUUGUGCUUAUUCAAGAUUUUGAAACUCAUGCAGAUUUUGUUCAAGAAUCUGAAAAUAUUCUCCAUGUUGCAGAUCAUUCCUGUAAAUAUAUGAUUUUCUGCCCAGAAUCGUUCUGUACUCAAAUUCAAGGCACUAGAUUUGUGGAACAAUUGAAUUGCAUGAUAAUUCCUUCAAUAUUCAGAGGAGAAACAAGACAUCAUCAAACUUUCUCAUACCUGACCAAACCGAUCAAGUUUGUUGAUUUGGCUGAUUUGGUGUUGAAAGAGAAACCGCACAAUGCACAUUGCAAGAAAGCCAGUUGUACCCCAAGACAAUCAAUUGUUGAAGUAGGCAGCAUGCCAACAUUCUUGGGAGUAGAAACAGCCUCUCCAACAAGUGAAAGAUCAGAAUCUCACCACCCAUCCAGUCCUAUUCGACCUGACAUUAGUAAGAAAUCAAUAUUUGUUGUAGAUGAUAAUGCAGUUAAUAGGAAAAUCCUCACCAAAAUGCUAAGAGUUAUUGGAUUUAAAGAUAUUGAUGUAGCCUGUGAUGGAAUGGAAUGUUUCAACAUGUACAAACGAAAGAAGUACGACAUUAUCUUGUUGGAUUGUUUCAUGCCAAUUCUUUCAGGUAAGGAAGCAUGUGAAAUGAUUCGUAAAGCAGAGAAACAAAACGAAACUGAAAAACAAACACCAAUUUUAGCCAUUACAGCCAAUACUUGGGAAAGUGUUGAUACUCUAGUGGGUCAUGGUUUUGACUCUGUCAUUUACAAACCAAUCCUAUUAGAUUCCCUCAAGAAGGAAGUUUUCAACAUGCUAAGAAUUUGA